UUUCAACAAAACAAAACAAAACAAAACAGUCCGGCGCGUGAAUCCACGUCAUCAUCAGGCGACUUAAACUGCAGUAGCGGGAAUUUGGCGGUGCAGAAACGAGCGACGGAGGAGUUUCUGGUCAGUCAAAGUAGCUUGUCGCCAUGACGCAGAGAAAGAAGCUGCCCACCACGCAAAGCUCCUCUCAGACCAGAAGACAACCUGGCGCCUUAGUGGCUCAGGAAGAGGAUGAUGACCUAACCCUCACUCAGCCAAGUACGUCACAGGUCCAGAGAGGGCUGGAGAAGCUCACACCUGCACAGGUCGACCGAAAGACAGCUGAGGUGGUGCAGUACUUCUUGGUGAAGGACCAAAAGAAGAUUCCCAUACGCCGAGCAGACCUUGUGAGAAACGUGGUAAAAGAGUACAGGAACAUCUACCCUGAAAUCAUGAAGAGGGCAGUGCGUACUUUUGACCAGGUAUUUGGCCUUAAACUGGUUGAAAUUGACACCAAAAAUCACAUGUACAUACUUGUCAAUAAGUUGGAGACAGUUGAUGGAGCCUCACAGAUCAUCCCUCCCAAUCCAAAGAUGGGUCUGCUGUUUGUCAUCCUGAGUGUUAUUUUCAUGAAGGGAGGUGUUGUCAGAGAAAACCUCAUCUGGAACACUCUCAAGAAACUCCGUGUUGACCCCAGAGAAAAACAUGACGAGUUUGGCGACGUGAAGAGGGUGGUCACAGACGAGUUUGUGCGUCAAAGGUACCUGGAGUAUGUGCGAAUCCCUCACACAGAGCCAGCUGAGCAUGAAUUUCGCUGGGGCCAACGUGCUGACGUGGAAGUGUCAAAAGCCAAAAUCCUCGAGUUCAUGGGUCAACUUCAUGAACAGGACCCUCAGGGCUGGAGUCAGCAGUACAGAGAAGCCCACUCCGUCCCCAGCUCAACCCAGGCCAGCACCAGCAGCCAGAGAUGACUGUCCUAGUAUUACAGAUUCUUCUGCCUUUAUUUAUUCUGGCUGGUGAUGAAGGAAAGGAGCCGCUGACAGAUGCUGUAUCAGUGCUGCGUUUACUUUCGACUUUGUGUCACUAACAGUAUAUCUGUCUACACAGUACGAAACCUUAUAAAACUAAUUCUGGUUCUGUUAGACAUUAUACAUAUUUGUAUGUUCAUACUUUGUACAGACGUCAGUAUUUGGUCUUUGAGCCAUAAAUUCUUAAUGUGUCUUUUAAGGAAGUUGAUAACAUUUAAUAUCACACAGACAAUGCAUCAGGUAUCCAUUUUCAUUUUAUUGCCAGGACUUUAAGGUAACAGCUACUUGUUCAAAUUCAGAAAAUAAAAUCUUUUUU